CCCUCAUCGGAUAACACGAUUCAUGGUGUUUCCAAUACCCAUACCCACGGAGGGGACGUGGAAAUGGUGCGAGAAACACGUGUAGGCAGGGUCGAGACGUCGGGCCCUAUCCGUCCUACCUCUCUGCCGACCACCACCGCGCAUGUACCAACCCCCCGCGCAAAAUGUCCGCGCAUCAUCCCAAAACGUAUUUCUGCCACGGCCAACUAAUAAAACGUUAUGAAAACCCACUAUCGCACCAAAAACAAGAUUUAAAUCAGAAUGAAUUUCGCACCGUUCACGGGGCAUAUCCCCACAGCUACGGCGAUCCCCACCAUCCACCAAUUUGCCGCCAAGUUUGGGUAUGAAGGCAGCGGUACCGGCAGUGUGGUUCAGGAAACCAGGUACCAAGCAUCGGGUAGUGGAGUGCAGUUUGCGGUAGCGCCAGCUGCGGGGGUGACGGUGGAUGGAGUGAAGUUCCGUCAGGCUGAGAGCGUGGUGGUGGUUAGCAAUGCUCAGCCGGGAACGGUGACGCUGGCUGGGAUUGCUCCUAUUCAUACAGUGAACGCAGGAGUAAAAUACCAAAGCAUAACAGCAACGUCCUCCACGGUUAACGUGGGUAACAUCGCCUAUGGAGGCACUGGGCAGGUCGGGUACGUGCAGGAGACCGUGCUCAAAGGGGAGCAGAGGGACAAGCGGGAGUACCGGGAGGAGCUGCACCAUGAUCUGAUGGCGUCUAUGAUGCAGCAGCACCAGGUAACUCAAGCGCCACUGCAACAAGGCACUCAGCAGUUGCUGGUCGUGCUACACGAACCCAAAGACGGUGCAGCAUUGGCGCGAGCCAUCAAGCAAGAAGGCCGGAUCCAAAGAGAUGGGACCAGCGUACCAGCGGAGUUUAUUAGUAUCGGCGAUGUCACAGACACUUCAACCUGGCAGACCCUGGGCGGCGGAGUGGCCGACUACCUCUCAGCGCUACCCCUACCUCUCCACCAUCUGCUGAAGUAUUCCACCUCAUCUGCGGACGGCAAACGAGACGAGCCCACCAUAGUUACCGUGGCGACCAACUCCUUGCCACCCAUGUCUACUUUGACUUCGGUUCCAACAAACGUAGUGAACAGCGUGGUGGUACAGACGGCGACCAUAGUGAACCCGGCACCAAACAACACCAUCAACACCAAUGUCAAUGCCAACACCAUCGUCGUCCCCAAGAAGAAAAAGAAGAAGAAAGUGCUCAAAGAGAAGAAACCGAGGCCGAAGCCAGGGGAAAUUAGACUGACCACUGCUUUAGAUGGGAGCACACUCUACUGUUGUCCAGAAUGUCACAUGGCGUAUCCAGAGCGUGGACUGCUCGACCAACAUCUUGUAGGACACACUAUGGAGCGGAGGUUUAUUUGCGACAUCUGUAACGCGGCGCUGAAGCGCAAAGACCACCUGACGCGCCACAAGCAGUCGCACAACCCUGAGCGGCCGCACGUUUGCUCCGUCUGCCUCAAGGCCUUCAAGCGCAAGGAGCAGCUCACUCUGCACUUCAUCAUACACUCGGGCGAGAAGCGGCACAUAUGCAACGAGUGUGGGAAAGGCUUCUAUCGCAAGGAUCAUUUGCGGAAGCAUACGCGGUCACACAUCGCGCGGAGAGUCAAAGCAGAAAUGUCCCAGCAGUCCAACACCCCACCUCUUUCACAGCAAACUGUCCCUGCCCCAGCUCUGGAACCAUCUUGACCCGAUGAAAAGAACGACUUGCUGACACUCAUCGCAGCCGCUAAAGACGCUUUUUGACAGUAGGUCUACCUCUAAAUUAAGGAAAAAUGUUUCCGUGGUGUUGAAUACAGUUAUUGUCCCUAAUUUUAUUUGUAGUUAAAUCGAUGACGUGCAUUAGUGUCCGACCGAAGGUCAAUUUCUGGCCGAAGCCAAAAUUAAGGGUUUAAUACUACUAAAAACUUCUAGAUGGCUAAAAAUAAUAAAAUAAUGUUUUUUUUUAUUGUAAACAAUAACCUUUGUUGAACUCACGUGGAGAUAAUUCGGUUUUAUUGCACUCUCGCACAUUCGUAUCAGGUCGUUCAAUUUCGGCCUUCGCAAAGAUUCGGCUUCGGCCAAAAACUUUGGCCAAACCUGGCCGAACGUGGUUUUUGGUGACACUAAAUGUCAUAAAGUCACUGCAAUAUAAAAUUAUGGGCUCUACCUAAAUUUUCCAUGACAUGCCAAAUAUUUUUCAUAUGAAAAUUACAGAAAUGGGAUGCGUAAUAAUUUUAAGUUGCUCGAUAGUUUUUAUUCUUCAUUAAAAUGUCACAUACACAGAUAAAGAGAAAUAGGCGCAGCAGACAAAUAAGACGCACAUAUUGUUAAAAAACUACAUUUUGUAUCUGAGAAUUUUUUGAAAAUGCUAGUAGGUAUUUAGUUUUUAUUUUAGAUUAGUUUAAAACAAAAGUUAGAAUCAUGUUUUCCAGUUAUUAUAUUUCACUGUCUUGUUGAAUUCUGAUACUAAUCUAGAAGAUAGGAAAGCUUCAAAAAUUUUGAAUUAGGUAGGUACCUACUUAUGUAAAAAUGGAUUCGCCUUUGUAAAUAUAUCGCUAUUGUCGACGGAAGCAUAAAUUUAAAAUGUGAUAAUGUUAAUAAAAUU